GGGAGACAAGAGAUAUUUUAAUUUAGCACAACAAAUAAUUUGUAUUUCCACUCUCUUACUUCUCCACUUGUCUUUCCUUUUUCUUCAUUUUACAGCUUCUGCGAUCCCAGAUAAUGGAAGGAGAUCCUGCCUAAAGCUUAAGGUCUUUGUGCGACCAGCAAACAGCUGUAUGAAAACUAUAGGUGUUCAUGAUCGUGUUUUCGAUGUUAACGACAAAGUAGAAAAUUCAUUAGAACCAGCAGAUGAUACCGUACAUGAGUCAGCCGAGCCAUCCCGUGGUGAGAAUGCGGCACAGACACCAAGGAUACCCAGCCGGCUUUUGGCAACUCUAUUGUUCCUCCUGGCAAUGCUUUUGAUAUUAUAGCACAUUAUGCUUUGGCAACCUGUCGCAGAAAAUACCAGGGUCUUGGAACAUCAAAGAUCCAUAUAACUGCUCAUCCCAGGAAAGGGACUUUAUUGUUUUUGCAGAUGUCAAAUUGUUAUUUUUCCCUUUUC